AGAGCCGGUGGUUCAUUAACGUACUUUUACAGCUCUGAAGGUUUCCAGAUUGUGCAAGACGGAGACGGUCUUCCAGUCUGUCCUGUUUUUUUUCUUAUCUUCCAAGAAAGACAGAGAGCCGGUUGUCUUCAUUUGAGCUUUUGGAUCUCUACACUCUAAAGGGGGAUUGUUGCAGAUCUUCAUUAUCUUUUGCUUCUGUCCGACGUUCUGCGAACAAGAUCGGGCAGAGAUCACUGGAUGUGUUUGCGGGAAAAAGGAUGAGCGGUUUUCUGUACUUCAUCCUCCCGGUUCUGGGUGGAUACACUCUCAGCUCGGUGUACCUGCUGAAGAACCCCCACGUUCUGCACAGGAAGAAACGCACAGCUUUCUACUGCACACGCAUCUCACACAGAGGAGGAUGUGGAGAGAGGAUAGAGGGCACGAUGGAGGCGUUCACACAUGCGGUGGAUCAGGGCACAGAGAUGCUGGAGAUGGACUGUCACUUAACCCGUGAUGGACAUGUGGUGGUGUCACAUGAUGAGAAUCUGCUGAGGCAGACCGGCCGCGACGUCGCCGUCUCCUCACUCAACCUCCAGGACUUGCCUCUGUAUAAAGAGAGACUGGAGGUGACCUUUUAUAAAGGUCGCUACAGCAGCGGUUCAGACAGGAAGUUCGCUCUGCUGGAGGACGUGUUCAGGAAGUUCCCUGAGAUGCCGAUCAGCAUUGAGAUCAAAGAGAAGAACAAACAGCUGAUGGAAAAGGUGUCUGACUUGGUUCAAAGCUACAACAGGGAGGAGAUCACUGUCUGGGCCUCAGUGAAAUCCAAGAUCAUGGAGGAAUGCCGCAGAACGAACGGCUCCAUGCCGUACAGCUUCUCACAGAGCCGAGGUGUGCUGCUUCUGCUUCUCUUCUACACCGGCCUGCUGCCCUUUAUGCCGCUGGAGGAGAGUUUACUGCAGUUCUACCUGCCUUGCGUCAUAAACAGGACGUACAUUCCAGAGAAGCGCAUCCUGAGGAACAAGCUGAUCAUCUCUUUGUUAGAAAAAGUCACAAUGAGGAAGAGUCUGUUCAAACACCUCGCAGCUCGUGGAAUUCAGGUGCAUUUGUUUGUGUGCAAUAAAGACGACGACAUAAAGGCUGCAUUUGAAGUCGGGGCCACAGGGGUGAUGAGUGACUACCCGACUCUUCUGUCCAGCUACCUCUGCAGAAACCAAAGUCAGGACUGAACCCAAACACGCCCUCACGUCCCAACAACUGAUAACUCAGCAGCUUUCUGAUGAGGGCGGACUGUGUGAAGAAAAGACUGUGAAAGAAAAGUAAAUACAAGAAGCGUGAGACCUUCACCGUGACAAGAUCAGUGGGAGGAGUUGUUUGGUCUAUUAAACGGAACAGAACUAUCAUUCAACUCUUUAAUCUCAAGCCUUCGCUGUAGAUACAAUUAUCUGCUAUCGGGUCGUUUCCACGGCCUCCACCCUCAGUGUGUCAAACACAGCCCAGAGGGAUUUAUCUCAGCAGCAACUACAACGCUGUCGGAGUGAAGCUUUCCCUUUUAUUAGUGCACAUGGGUCACAGUACAAGAGUAGUCACGAACUAGACAGACAUAGGUUUACAGACAAGUAGACAAUCUUUAUGUUUAUGUUUUGUAUGUGUGUGAAAAUGUGUUGUGUAUUCAUGUAUGUGUAAGAGCGAUAAGACGAAUGUGCACGAGGAGGAGACUAACGAAUAAUGAAUGAACAUUUGUAAAAAUAGAAUUUAAAAAAAAAAAAAAGUUGAAGUGGUGAAAAGAAAAAAACAUAUAUAUUUGUGCACAUGCACACAUAUGGCUAUAAUAAUAAUAAUAGUAAUAAUAUUGAUACUAGAAUAAGAAUCAUAAGAAUAAUUUCAUAAUGUAAAUGGUGCGAUGGUGCAGAAGUGUUUGUUGCUGAAGUGAAUAUCUAACCAGCUGCACCAGAGAGAAAACGUGACUUUGUUUUGACUGUGUUGGACGUUAUUUUCUGGCAUUAUUUGAUUGGUUUGAGUGAGUGAUGGACUUUAGAAAAACAUGAUUGUGCUUUACAAUGUACUUUAUGGAUUUAUGCUUUUAUGUUCUCUUUGUUGUAUUAAGAUGAAAAGAACACAAACAUGCUGGAAAUAAAAUCAAAUGUAUACU